UGAUCCUUAUCUGACUCGGGUCUGGACUGAACUCGCUCAGAUGAUGGCUACAACAGAAACAAAGACGUCCAGCAGCACGUCGGGUUUGUCAUGGGCAAGAGUCUGUAAAGAGUGUGGUCAGCAGCAUGAGGGUCAGGACGCCCACCUAUAUGAGUACCAGGACGAUGUAGACGAUGAACUGGUUUGUCACAUCUGCCUGCAACCCCUACUCAAACCAAUGGAUACUCCCUGUGGCCACACUUAUUGCUUUUAUUGCCUCAGUAACUUCCUGAAAGAGCAGGACUUCUGCCCCGUGGAUCGCCAGCGUUUGCAGCUGCAUCAGUGCAGGCCCUCCAGCCUGCUGGUGAGGAACCUGCUGGACAAGCUCACUGUGAUGUGCCCCCACUCUGCAGAGUGCCAGCAGCAGAUGCAGCGCUGUGAACUGCAGCCUCACCUGCACAACAGAUGUUCUGUUUUUAGAAGGCUGAGGGAGGAAGCAGAGAAGAGGAAGAGGCCCUCUUGGCAUGAAUUGAAAGGACGUAAGAGCGACGGAGAUUCUUCUGGAGAUGCUAAACAGUCCGCGACGCAGUCUCGAAAUCCCCACCGGGAUCAGUCUGAGCCUGGUCUGAUUAAUCCUGCUUAUGAGGAAAUCGAUGAUGACAACGCUCCUCUGCGGUCCAGUCUGGUGGCCGAGGCCAACGUGGUGGAGCUGUUCAGAGACGAACCCGAGGAGGAGCUGGGGCUUCGCAUCGUUGGGGGAAAAGACACACCGCUGGGAAACAUUGUCGUCCAGGAGAUAAUCCGGGACUCGAUAGCGUCUCGUGAUGGAAGACUGGCCCCAGGGGACCAUAUCUUAGAGGUGAAUGACAUGAGUCUGGCUUCAGUUCCUCACUCCCGAGCCAUCGCGGUGUUGCAGCAGACGUCCCUCCUCAGGCUCACUGUCAUGCAGGAGAAAGGUUUCAAAAUAAGAGAUCAACGGUCGGAUCAUCACGCUUCCUCUCCAGUUCCUGCUGCCCCCCAGUCCUCACUCGCUCCUCUUGGCAACGCUCCGCCCAGUCAAAACACCGGCAAAGUUCUGCACGUGAUGCUAACGAAGACUCACCGCACGGAGCCGCUCGGCAUCAAACUCAUUCGCAAGUCUGAUGAGAGCGGGGUUUUUAUUCUGGACCUCUUGUCUGGUGGUUUGGCAGCUAAAGAUGGAAAACUGAAGAACAACGAUAAAGUGUUGGCCAUCAAUGGACACGACUUGAUGCACGGCACACCUGAGAGCGCUGCCCAAAUCAUACAGGCCAGUGAGAAGUGUGUGAACUUUGCUGUUAUGAGGCCGGCAGAGACUCAGGAAGAAGCCGGAGGUAGCCGAGAGGGACAACACAGCCGAGGAGCCAGGAGGGCUCCAGAGCUGCAGUACUUCAGGCGUCAGUCCACCUAUUUGAAGGAUCCUCCUAGUGGGUUUACUUGCCAGGAGAAAACUGUGAGCCUGAAGAAGGAGCCUCGAACUUCUCUGGGCAUCACCAUCGCCGGUGGCAGGGAUUGUCGCAGCCGGCUGCCCGUUUACAUCACGAGCGUGCAGCCUGUUGGCUGUCUGCACCGAGAUGGCACCAUCAAAAAAGGUGACGUUCUGCUGAGCAUCAACGGGGUUGAUUUGACCCAGCUGACCUACAACGAAGCCGUUUCUGCGCUGAAGGCUCAGACGGCUCAGUCGCAGGUGGUUUUGCGAGUCAUACAGACCAUCUCUGACGGCUCAGAGAAGGACAUGGAGGUCGGAAACAGGGACGAACUCGACAACGUGGACGACCAGCGAGACGACGUUCACAGCUGGACGCCUCUGUGGACUCACUGGCUGGGUUUACCAAGUCACAUGCACUGGUGCAGAGACAUCGUCCUGCAGAAGAUCAACAACGAGAGUUGGGGUUUCAGCAUCGUCGGAGGCUACGAGGAGAGCCACGGGCAGCAGCAGCCGUUCUUCAUUAAAACCAUCGUGCCUGGAACGCCCGCUCAUUUCGACGGACGCCUCAAGUGCGGUGAUGAAAUUGUGGCGGUGAACGGAGCUACGACUGUGGGAAUGAACAACUCGUCCCUUAUCCCGAUGCUCAAACUGCAGAAGAAUAAAGUCACGCUCACUGUGGUGUCGUGGCCGGGCAGCCUGGUGUAG